UCCCCGGUGAUGUUGUUUUUCCGGUAAGAUGGCGGCCCCCAGAGUGGCCAGCGACGUAGAAGUUGAGCUGGAGUCGGUAUUCCCCCAGGAGCUCGGGUUGUUCGCGGAUGCUUUCACAGCUGAGACCCCUUACCGGCUCUGUGGCCACGAGCUGAGUAUUGUUCAGCACCAUGGAAGCCGUCUGGGGGUGGCUGCCCCGGUCUGGGAGGCGGCUUUAGCGCUCUGUGACUAUUUUGAAGAGCAUAAGCUGAACUUCUGGGGCAAGAAGGUUUUAGAACUGGGUGCUGGGACUGGCAUUGUGGGCAUCCUUGUUGCCCUCCUUGGAGGAGAUGUGACCAUCACAGAUCUUCCUGUGGCCUUGAAGCAGAUAGAGGAGAACGUCCACCGAAAUUUGGCUGCAGAGUGCCUGGCUCGAACCAAAGUUUGUGCACUCUCAUGGGGUCUGGACCACAUGGAGUUUCCCUGUGACUAUGACUUCAUCUUGGGUGCGGAUAUUGUCUAUCUCAAGGACAGUUACCCCUCACUGAUCAGGACUCUCCAGCACCUGUGUGGUCCUCAGUCUACUAUCUACCUGUCUUCCAAAAUGCGACGGGAACAUAGUACAUUGUUGUUCUUUGAGACACUGCUCCCUAUACACUUCACCUCAAAGCUGGCCUUUAGAGAUGAAAACGAGAAUAUUAACAUUUACAAGGUGACCCAGAAGAGUGACAUCUGACAACCACUGUGUCACUGGAUGAACAAUGUUAACCACCUUUUAAUUUAGGGCUGUCAUUCCACAAAACUGUACGGGGCUGAACUCUUCAUUCCUCCACUUUCUCGACCAUUGGGUGAAAACAUAUCUGAUAGCUUCAUUUGAAUAUUAUAAUGCUACGAAUCUCCAGGUUCCUUGAGAGACAUGAGGUGCUAGAAAGGCUCACAGAUCUGCAUUUUUACUGUUCCCUGGAUUCAUCAGGUAAUUUCCAUUCCCGCCAUCUUGAGUCUCCAGUCCUCAAACAUUCCCUGACCAUGCUUUCAGUUUUCUGGUCAAGACUGAGGAACUCUGCAACCGUACAGCUCAGCCUACUAGGGAGUAAUUUUCUAAUGUGGGAUCUAGCUGCCAAAAAUUGCUCAUUUUUCUUUUGUGGAAAUGAUCUGUAAGAGGAAGGCAGAAAACUCCAGAGCUGCUGCAUAGAGAUGAUUCUCUGUAUAGCUGUUGAUACUGCUGCAGAUACAGAACCAUUUGCAGUGGCAAUGGGACAUCCACACAGCAGUUGUUCCUACACUUCCCUUAGACACCAUUUCCUCCACAAUCCAUUGCAGCUAUGUAUGAGUUCCCAGCUUUCAUUUUUAAAAAAGUC